CUCUCUCUCUCUCUCUCUCUCUCUCUCUCUCUCGUACCAAUUUUAGAAGCUUCCACUGCGUCUACCCGGUAAUACGCUCCGCCCGUCGAGGCCAAGGAUCCUCAUCAUAUGGCUAAAAUGAUUCGAACAUUUUCCCGCAAAAAAUCAAUUCAUUUCGGCAUCUCGCUUUCAUUUCCCCCUUUAGUCCAUACAUUAUCGGAACCCAAAGCCAAUGAUAGCAACAAUGGGAUCACGUCCAUAAUCGACUCCUUAAACAGAGGCGAAAGCUGGAAAACCCUCUCACAAAAAUUUGGUUCAGUCAAUUUCACAAACCCUUUAGUUGCAAAUAUCCUGUUGCAGCUCAAGGAGCCGAUUAAUUCGAGAAAAGCCCUAAAAUUUUUCCAUUGGACAUCGAAAGAAGUUAAUUUGGAGCAUGAGCUUUCGAAUUACUGCUUGAUUAUCCACAUUUUAGUGAAAGGGGGGCUAAUCAAGGAUGCAAAAGCAAUGUUUGAGUCAAUUUUGGAGAAAAGCGAUUUGGAAGGUAAUUAUCAGAUAUUUCCUAUUCUGGAUUCAUUGAUGGAGACUUAUGGGGUUGUUGAUUCGGUUCCACUGGUCUUCGAUUUGUUCGUGCAGGCAUGUGCUAAAUUGAGAAUCGUUGAUGGUAUUAUUGAUGCUUGUGAAUUGUUGUUUGAUAAUGGGUUUGUGCUGAGCGUGAUUAGCUUCAAUACUCUGCUUCAUGUCUUGCAAAAGAGUGGGAAUGUGGGAUUAGUUUGGGGUGUUUAUGAGCUCAUGAUUAAGAGAAGAAAAGUCCCAAAUGAGGUUACUAUGAGGAUCAUGGUUAGCACAUUGUGUAAAGAGGGGAAAUUGGGGAAAUUUCUCGGGAUUGUAGAUAGUAUACAGGGGAAAAGGUGUUCGAUUCCUCAAUUAAUAGUGAAUACGUGUCUGGUGUAUGAGAUGAUUGAGGGGGGUAGGGUUGAAGAUGGUUUGGUGGUGUUGAAACACAUGUUACAGAAGAACAUGAUCUUGGAUACAGUAUCGUACUCGUUGGUUGUCUUUGCGAAGAUUAAGAUGGGUGAUUUAGAUGCUGCUCGAGAAAUAUAUGAGGAAAUGCUCAAGAGAGGAUUUGAGGAUAAUGCUGUUGUGUGUAGUUUGUUUGUUGGGGCAUAUUGUGACAUGGGGAGAGUUGAUAGGGCGAUUGAGGUGUUGGAAGAGAUGGAACGGGCAGGGUUCAAGCCUUCGGAGGAGUCCUUGAAUAGGAUGAUUGAAGGUUGUUGUUUAGAUGGAAGGUUAGAUGAGAGUUUAGAGUUUUGCAAACGUAUGAUGAAGCUCGGAUUCGUUCCUAGUUUGGGAGCUGUUGGUGUGAUGUUUGGGGGGUUAUGUGGGAAUGAGAAGACGAAGGCAGCUGAUGAGAUGCUGACUGUGUUGUUGGACAGAGGGUUUUCUCCGGAUGAGAGGACGUAUUCUUAUCUUGUUUUGGGUUAUUGUAGAGACGAUGAGGAGGAGGGGCUUAUGAAGGUGCUGUGUGAGAUGGGAUACAGAUCAAUCCCUCGUACCGAAUCUCUCAGUUCAGCCAUUAUCAGCCUCUGUGAGAGUGGGAGAUUGGAGGAAGCGGAGAAGUAUCUCAGAGUAAUGGAGACUCACUCACUCGUUCCUAGUCCAAACGUUUACGAGGCGUUGAUUGACCGCUAGCAUCUUCUGGUUUGCUACCAUGAUUACGAGCCUCAUAUUUACCCUUGAUAUGGUAUACCGUCUCAACGCAACCAUGAGCCUCAUAUUUACCCUUGAUAUGGUAUACCGUCUCAACGCAACCCUGGGACACACGAAAAAAAGAGAUGGUAGAACAUAUAGUGAUAAGGGAGGAUUGGAGUUUAGUUUGUAUCAAGUUUCAUAAUUCUCUAAUUGCCGCCUUCGAAGCUUCAUAAUUCCCAAA